AACUGGAGGACAACCAUCAUUAGAGGCUAGUGGAUGGAAUAAGGAGGUACAUGAGAAAACUGACAUUGCAGUUGCUGAUUUUUGGUACUUCAACAACAUUGCAUUCAAUGUGGCAGAGAAUGCUUAUUGGUUGAAUUUGGUGACUGCUAUGACAGUUUCAGGAAAGGGGUACAAGGCCCCUUCUCGCAGGGAUUUGAGUGGGAGGUUGCUCACAAAUGCAGUUGCUAGGGCAAGAGAAGUGAUGGAGGAUCAAAAAAUUGAUUGGGCAAAUUAUGGCUGCACCAUUCUUUCUGAUGGGUGGACAGAUGGCAAGAACCGCACCAUCAUCAAUUUUUUGGUCGCUUGCAAGGACAAUGUAGUGUUCUUGAAAUCUGUCGAUGCCUCCAACAAGGUGAAAAAUGCAGAAACAUUGGCUGGAAUGUUGGAGCGUGUCAUCAUGGAGGUGGGGGUAGAGAAUGUGGUGCAAAUCAUCACAGAUAAUGCAGCAGCAUAUGUGUCAGCAGGAAGAAUCCUCCAAGAGAGGCACCCCACUCUUUUUUGGACACCUUGUGCAGCACAUGUCCUUGACCUUCUUUUGGAGGACAUAGGAAAACUUGAGUGGGUGACUCCAGUUGUGGAAGAUGCAAGGAGGAUCACCAAAUAUAUCUACAAUCACCCUUGGGUCCUAAAUUUGAUGAGACAACACACGCAAGGGAAAGAUUUGGUGAGAGUUGGUGUCACAAGGUUUGCAACGAUUUUCUUGACGUUGCAAAGCAUUCUUGCUGCAUUGACUUCUUUGAAACAAAUGUUUGUGAGUGGAGAAUGGCUUAACUCACCUUAUUCAAAGAAGCCUGAAGGAGAGGUUGUCGCAUGCAUAGUCUUCGACAACCAAUUUGCACAAAGGGCUGCAGAGAUUGUGAAGGUGUCAGAGCCCUUGGUUCGAGUUCUUCGCUUGGUGGAUGGGGAUAAAACCCCAAUGGGAUAUCUUUAUGAGGCCAUGGAUAGGGCCAAAGAGUCUAUCAAAAAUUACUACAAGGGGGAUAGGCUCAAAUUUGAUCCCAUUUGGGAAAUUGUCGAUAGGAGGUGGAACAAUCAACUCCACCAACCCAUUCAUGCAGCAGGGUACUUCCUCAACCCUCGUUUUAGGUUCGGGGGUUCUUACUCAGAUUCGAAUGGAGAAGUCAUGGAGGGCCUCAGUACAUGCAUUGAGAGGAUGGUACCUGAUGUUGAGGAGAGAGACCUCAUUGUGAGUGAGCUCCAAAAUUAUGAGGGAGGAAGGGGUAAGCUAUUCUCUUUAGAGCUAGCUAGGAGAGGAAGAACCACUCAAACCCCAGAUGCUUGGUGGCAAAAUUGGGGUGGAAACACCCCACAUCUCAAAAAAUUUGCCCUCAGAGUCUUAUGUCAGCCUUGCAGUUCAUCCAAUUGUGAGCGCAAUUGGAGCUUGUUUGAAGCAAUCCACACGAAGAAGAGGAGCAAGUUAGCGCAAAAACGGCUCAAUGACCUUGUCUACGUGCAAUAUAAUCUUCGAUUGCGCGUAAAGAAGGUAGAGGAACUAGAAGGUGGUCCAAUUGACUUGGAUGAUAUAGAUCCUUACAGUGAUUGGACAUCACAGGAGCAGCCUCCAUUGUUUUCCGACACUGACAUCACUGAUUUGGAGAGGCAGGCUAUGGAGGAGGGGGGUGGAUUUGGUUUCAGGCUGGAUGACAUUGAGGAGGAUGAGGAUGAGGAUGAGGAUGAGGAUUCAUUGCCAGUGCCAGAGGCAGGUGGAGACAUAGCUUCAUCCAGGAUGGAGGAUGAGUCUCAAUCAACCAUACCAAGCGAGGAGGCACAGUCACGCCCAGUCCCACAGCAGACUUAUACGACUAGACAGUCUAGACCCUCUAGUUCUACCUCUCCCCAUGUUUUUGCUAGAGCUGGGAAGAGGAAGUUGUAAUUGUAAUUUGUGAUGAUGUAUUUACUUUUGGUUUUACAAAAACUAUUUAGUAAUUUACUAUUUUGCUUCAGGCUUCCAGCCAUCAGCAUUCCUCAUGAGGAUGCGAUUUUGUAGACACUUUGCAUUUAAAUAUAUCUAGAAUCAGCUUGUUUCUUUUGUGUUAUCAUUUAUUGACUCAUUGGAUGCAUCUUCUCAUUAAAAAUUGCAAAAAAAAUGCGUUUUUUACUAAGUUUAAGUGUGUUUUUAAGUUGCCGAGUUUUUCGCCGAGUUUUUCCGAGUUUUUCCCGAGUUUUCGCCGAGUUUUUUUCCCAGGGGCUUGGCGAGUCGAGCCGAGUCGC